AUACAGAUAGUAUCACGUAAUUGUGCAAUGAAAAUUGAAAUAUCUUUACGAAGAAAUAAUGAAAUCAUUCUUAGUUUAGUAACAUUGAGAGGAUCAUGUUACAAAGGAUCAUGGCUUUGGAUAUAUAGAGAAUUUGUGAUAUUACGUUUUGUUCCUCCAGGGGCACCUCCUUACGGGCAAAUUCCACCAACUGGGCCAAUAUUUGGCGCAGGACCACAAGCAGGCAUGUACGGGUCAAAUUAUGAGGAUCCUAUGCAAUCUGAUGUUAUCAAAGGAUUUGAAUUCAAUGAUAAAAGCAUUAGAAAUGGAUUCAUCAGGAAAGUUUACAGUAUAUUGAUGUUUCAAUUGUUAAUCACAGUAUCAAUGAUUGCACUUUUCCUUUAUCAUAUACCUACUCAAAAAUUUGUGAGGAGUCAUUCGGAGUUGUUUUGGAUUUCUUUUGCAGCAACUAUUGUCCUGAUUAUAUGUAUAGUUUGUUGUACCAAUGUGAGGCGAAAAGCCCCAAUGAAUUUUAUAUUUUUGUUCCUAUUCACUGUAGCAGAAAGUUUCUUGUUGGCUACUUGUGCUUCUACAUACGAGUCUGAAGAAGUAUUAUUGGCCGUUGGGAUUACUGCAGCAAUUUGCUUUGCAUUAACAUUAUUUGCGUUCCAAACGAAAUUCGAUUUCACUGGUUUGGGUAGCAUUUUGUUUAUUGUAUUGAUCGUUUUCACACUUUUUGGAAUAAUUGCCAUGAUAUGGCAUGGAAAAAUUAUGACCUUAGUAUAUGCAUCAAUUGGAGCUCUUCUUUUCUCUUUUUACUUGAUUUACGACACUCAACUGAUGAUUGGAGGAAAACACAAGUAUGCGAUUUCUCCAGAAGAGUAUAUUUUCGCAGCGCUGAACCUUUAUAUCGAUGUUAUUAAUAUUUUCCUUUACAUCUUGACAAUAAUUGGUACUUCACGAGAUUAAAUAUUGUAAAAUAUAUUUUUUUGUCGCUGGAUUAAUCUUUAACGCAAAAUGCUUUUACUUAUCAUUGUUCUGUUUUGACUCUCUUUUUUUUUGUACAUAGAGAGUACAUUACAGAAAAGCAAUGAAAGGCAUUAAAAGAAAAGAUAUUGGCAGAAGAAUAUUAAUUUCUAUGAGAUAAUAGCUUUUACACAAUUUUCAAUGUAUAGCGAACACAGAGAUUACAAUUAUUUUAAAGUUCGACGUCUAGUCUUGUAAGUGAAAUAAUUCCUAUACUCGCUGGAGCAAAUAAGUCAAUCGUUAUAUAGUUGGAAAUGUUUACAUAUAAAUAGGGUUAUGCAAGACCCAAAUACAUAAUUUACACAUCUAAUCAUAAUUCCUUAUUUCAUCUUUCCUAUUAAAAAAAAAGUAUCAGUUUUCAUUGAAUUUAUUUGAAAAGGUAUAAUUUAUUUUGUAAAAAUGAUUGGUUUUCUUUCAUUAAAAUAUAAAUAAAUUCUGUAUAUCCAGCAAAUAAGUGAUUUCAUUGUUAUAAUAUGUAAUAUGAAAUACAUUUUAACAAUAUUAAUAUCUCCGUUAGAUAUAGUGUAACACUUAAAUAUUAUAAUUCCAAAUUAUCUUAAUAAUCUAUACAUAUAUUUACUCGUUAUGUGUGUUAGAAAAUAGAUGUUAUAUUAUUUCAAUAUAUUUGCAUAACAAAAUAAAGAUUUCAAAGUAUUAAAUAUUAUCUUCAUCUUUUGUUGUAUAAAUUUAUUUAAUUUACACUAUAAAACAAAUUUACACUAUAAAACAAAAUGAGAAUUAUUAUGGUG